AUGAUCUAUGAGUUGGCAACCGCAUCCGGCUCUCUCGAAGUCCGUUUAAUUAGUUCCCGUACCUGCAGUGUCAAACUAUGUGUCAAGAAACCCCGAGCAAGACCCUUGGACAGCUGUCUUCUCGAAUCACAACUGAUCCACCUUCAUUCACAACAGCAACGAGUUGUCUCCACACCGUUUCACUUUCCAUUCCCGCUACACUUUCCCAAAACACUUCCAAAGAGCAGUUCACAUUGGGAACCGAGUUCAUUCCAGCUGACGGAUCUUCAGAUUUUCUGGACAUGGCUUUCCGCGCAUCUUGUCAUCCCAAUCUGCCCUGACGGUUGCAAAUAUGGUCGUUGCGCUGAACCGGGCAGAUGUGAAUGUGACCAUGGCUUUUUUGGACCAACCUGCUCUGAGUGUCGACGGAGCGAGAAUUGCCGACAUGGUACUUGUCGUGAUGAUAAACCAUUUACUUGCGCUUGUGAGCCUGGAUGGGGUGGAAUAUUUUGCGAAAGGGAUCUCGAGUACUGUACCCGCCACAAGCCGUGCAAAAAUGGUGCUGUGUGCACUAACGGAGGCGAACGCACAGACUUCACCUGCCAAUGUCCGGAAGGUUUUGUCGGAGCCACUUGUGACAUUCAACUACCCAGCAUCUGCAUACAUCAAGGAAUUUGCAGAAACGGUGGUUUGUGUACGGACGCCGACACAAAACUCGGCAGAUGCAUUUGCGCUGACGGAUUCGAGGGACGCUAUUGUGAACGCAGAAAAGUGCUGCCGUUGUGUACGGCUACCAGCUGCAAGAAUGGCGGACUGUGCUUCGGUGGUUCCAACUGCGUUUGUCCACAAUGCUUUUCUGGGCCAGACUGCUCCAUAGUUGAUGAAAAUUGUCUAUGGCAACGUGAUAACAACACCCAGACUCUUACAGCCGUAGCUGAUCAGGAUAUCACCACCGAGACGAAAAUUCUCAUGGUUAUGGCGCUCGCCUCAAUAUUGAUGCUGACUACAUGUGUCGUUGUUUUCUUUAUGAAAUACAAAAAGAUGAAGCGAAUUCUACAUGACCCCAUCACGCAAAACCAUCUGAAUGAACAUCGCCAAAUUCACGAAUUACCGCGUCGAUCAAUCGAUAAUCGAUCACCGGAUGAAGUCUACAAGGUUUUUGUCAUCCCAUCAAAAAAAUCGAAAGACAUCGAACGACCGGUGAGCGUCGAAUAUGAGACACGGUACGUGUCACAACCACGUGGACGCUACCGUACGCUACCGUGUGUGGACGUCACCGCCGUCGAACCGGAACCGCACUACGCCGAAAUCGAAUAUCGGUCUACUACCGUAUCCUUGGAUGAUAAGCAAUUUUCCGACAAUGCAUGUGUCGUCUAGUCUUUGAUGCCUUACAUGAUGUGUGUCACCAUAUUAGGAAUAGCCUUGAUCUCAGAGUUUUUUUUU